UUCAGUGCUAUGAGUCAGCUAACAAUCCUGUUGAGUUUUUCAUAUAAAUUGACUAAUUAAUUUAUCUGGUUUAUUGGUUAAUAGGGUUAAUAUUUCUCAUAAGAAUAUUUUUGAGUCCUUAUUCAAGCUAACCUAAUACAUAUGUGUCGAUGGAAUUAGAAUUACCAUAUAUGAGUCAGCUAACAAUCCUGUUGAGUUUUUCACAUAAAUUGACUAAUUAAUUUAUCUGAUUUAUUGGUUAAUAGGGUUAAUAUUUCUCAUAAGAAUAUUUUGGGUCCUUAUUCAAGAUAUCCUAACACAUAUGUAUCUAUGGAAUUAGAAUUAAUAUAUAUCAUUAACUGCUAGUACUUGAUCAGUUGAACGUGUUCCCUUGCAUAGGUGGAAACGAAGGAUAUCAUAUUCCUUACUUCAAGUUCUAUAGCACAAGGAAGAAUCAAAGAACGGGAAACUUUCUUAAAUGCCUCUGUGCCUGAUCUAGCUUAUAAGUAUGAGAUUCAAUACAUCCAUAAACGAGACUCUACUAAGUCAUUGUUCCUUGACUCACACAACUUUAAAGCUAGGACUCUAAUAUUAAGUUUAUCACGAUCCAAAAUCAAGCAUCGUAACUGCAUAUAAACUCAGAAAUUGCAAACUUGUUGCUGCCUCUGUCUUCCAGUGAAAAAUCGCCAAUGAUUUUUUUGGGCAAACAUUAAUAUUCUGGAUAUUCAUGUGCUUUUGUUGUUGUCUACUAGCGGGGGCAGAUCUAUUAGCAAACAGGCCGGAGCCACUAUCGGUCACCCAGCAGGAUGUCAAUUACUGUGUGGUGAAAGUUGUGGUGUGCAAUAGUUACUAGUUCUGUUGAACUGUUAAAAUAAAGAUGCAGGCAUGACCAUAUGUUUUAUUAAAUCUUCCCUUCUUAGUUCUUAUUAAAGGGGAGCAUUGGCGUAACUGGUAAAGUUGCUGCCAUGCAUGUGACCAGGAGGUCACGGGUUCAAGCCGUGGAAACAGCUUCUUGCAUAAAUGUAUGAUAAGGCUGCGUAUAAUAGGUCCUUGGGUCCGGCCCUUCCCAAGACCCCGCACAUAGCAGGAAUUUAGUGCACUGGGCUGCCUUUCCAAGCAGAAUAAAGUUUGGAAAAGUUUGUAUGUUAUAUUUAUUGAUUUGGUAUAAAUAUCAUGUUAGGAUAAGCAAUUUUACCUUAUCAACUCAUCUAUUGAGCUCCUUAGGGAGCUUAUCCAAGACUUAAAGUAUAAUUUAAUUAAUUCUCUCUACCGACAUGAUAUAACCAAGAAGAAUAAUUUGAUGCUGUGUUACGGUAAUAUAUCAACUUCUCAGUUUUCUUCUAUUUUAAGGGAGCUUAAGGGUAAACAGAUGAAUGAGGUUUACAAUGUCAAAAACAAGUUAUGAAUAAGGUGGCUAUUUUCAAGAAAUAAUUAAUCAGUAUUUAUUACAAUAAGAAACGACUAGGAAACUUAAUUCUAAAGUUAAACUGUUAAGGUAUAGGAAAAACAAUGCUGACAAAUGACAACCAUCUAUAAAUAGGCUGAGAUUAAUUUCCAGUGCACUUCAUCACCUGUGAUCUAUUAUACAAUUCCCACAAGAAAAACGAAGUUUUAAUAUAAUUCAAGAAAGCUUUAUUAGUUGUUUGGAUCCAAAAUGGAUUUUUGCUGCCUCACAAUUAUCUUAGUCAUUGUUGGUCUCAUUUUUCCUUUUGGUUCUUCCUUUGAUCCUAGCCCUUUUCAGGACUUCUGUAUUGCAGUUAGUGACUCCAAGUCUGCAGUAUUCGUGAAUGGAAAAUUUUGCAAAGAUCCAAAACUCGCGACAGCAGAUGAUUUCUUUCUUUCAGGACUUAACGUUAGUGGAAAUCCUUUACCAGGAAUGGGAUCAGCUGUAAAUGUGGUAGAUGUAAAUAGACUGGGAGGACUUAACACUCUUGGCAUUUCUAUACUUCGCGCAGAUUUUUCACCGUUUGGCCUUAUACCACCACACACACACCCUCGCGGUACUGAGAUUAUUGUUGUUUUGGAAGGUACUCUUUAUGUUGGAUUUUUGGCUCCUGACACUGUUAAUCCAUUAAAAACUCGUUCGUUUACCAAAAUAUUGAAUCCAGGAGAUGUGUUUGUGUUCCCACAAGGACUUAUUCACUUUCAGUAUAAUGUUGGACAUACUAAUGCAACUGUUUUUGGUGCUUUGAAUAGCCAGAAUCCUGGACUUAUUGUGGUUGCUAGUGAAGUUUUUGGAUCAAAUCCACCUCUUGUUGAAGAUGUUCUUUCCAAAGCAUUCCAAUUGGAUAAGAAAAUGGUGGAACAACUUCAAGGAUUAUUCUCCUAGAUCAAACAACGGGCAGGCCGGUCACAAGACAUCCUGCAUUCACGCAGGGUCAUGUGAAAAAUAGCCACUCAAAAAAUAAUAUCAAGAAAAAAUUGUCUUAGAAAAAUAAGAACCAGUUUAUAAUAAAAGUGCGAGCUCUUUGGUUGUUUUAUGAUAUGUUUUGUUGUCAAUUUUGUGAUGUUUGAGAGAAUUUAUACAGCUUUGGUGUGGGUGAUAGAGAUAACAUAGAAAGGGAAGAAAAUAAUGGUAAGGUGAGAAGUGGAAUAAUGUCCUUGAUGUUACUUUGUUACCAUCCUUUGUCCUUGGCAUUUGAACUUUGAAGAUUGAAAAUCAUAGUUAAAUAUUACUUCCUCUAUUCCAA